AUGUCUUAUACUACGACAGCAAUUGAAGAGGUAACAGCCUCGUUUCCCAGCCUCAAGCGUUUGGAAAUACAGCCAGAUGAAUACCCAGGUCUUGACCCAGAAUGGCGGAAACUAUGGAACACGCAUGGAAGUUCUAUGAUUCGAGCUGAUGAAGUCGGAAUUGAGGAGUAUCGCCUGAGUCCAGCAAAGUACAGCUUCACAUACCCAACGUACAAAGGCCCUGAAGUCUUUCAUGUUGAGGAUAGACAAAUCCCAGUGACGAAACCAGAAGGCUUGAUCACUGUGAGGAUCUAUACUCCGGAGGGGCCUGGACCGUUUCCUGUGCAUCUGAACUUUCACGGCGGAGGUUGGGUAUUGGGAGGACUUCAAUCUGAGGCGGCAUGGUGUCGACAUAUGUGCAACAAGGCAUCCAUCAAAGUCAUUGAUGUUGAUUAUCGCAUGGGCCCGGAGUACAAGUAUCCAACAGGCAUAUAUGACUGCUGGGAUUCUGUGAAAUGGGCCAUAAAUAACGCGACUGAGCUUAACAUCAAACCGAAGAGUGUCUCAUUCGGUGGUCUUUCUGCAGGUGGUCACAUGACUGCUGUUCUGGGCCACUUUGCUCGCGAAGAGGGCAUCGACAUCAAGUUACAGCUCAUGAUUGUCCCAGCUACAGAUAUGCGCUACUGCAGCUCUAAGAUAAAACAACUCACUGCAGAGAACUGUCCAUAUGAGAGUGUACUGCAACUGAAGGACGUUCCAUGGGGACCUCUCGGGCGAGAACAAUGGUUCUUGAGAUAUUUCGUCAGCGAGGAUGCUGACGAGCUUGAGGAAAAGCUGAACAGUGAGUGGAUCCUCACACCAGUAAUUGCUCCAAACUUCGAAAACCUUCCGCGGGCGCAUAUCGUCACUGCGGAGUUUGACCUGGAAAGAGAUGAAGGAGAGUAUUAUGGGCAAAUGCUGAAGGGUGGUGGGAACGAGGUCACCACGAAGCGCUAUGCCGGUUGUCCUCAUGCUUUUGCGCACUACAACCAUCCAGAAAGGGGAUUGGCUAAGGCUUUUGAGUUCAUUGAAGAUACGGCCGAGCUAUUGAGAAGUGUCCAUGAGAUAAGUUCAUAG